CGUGCGCAAUACUUUUUGGAAGGAAAGGGAUUUGCAUUACGGACUAUAGAAUAGGCAUGAUGAAAAGGUUAAAAGAAGUUGGCAUUAUUUUGCUGUUACUAAGUUUUACUUUGACCAAGGAAACUGACUCCGGUAGCAAGUACUGUGCAGAGUCUUUGAAUACGAUGCGUAACGUUGACUCGUGUCCAUCAAGUGAACAGGAAGCGAGGAAUGCGGCCGAAAAGAUGAAUUGUGAAGCAAUAUCACACAACCAAAAUUGUACAGAUCCUGACAAAUUUAAGUAUCAUUGUGUUAUUGACGAAUUGGAAAAAUCACUUUUGGAAGUCUGUGCUCCUGAAUAUUACAUCCUUGAUUAUUGUGCAGAGUUCAAUGUUCAAGGGGGAAGGAUACAAGAACAUUACGGUACAAAAUGUAGCGAUGUCACACCUCAAUGUCCUCGCCGAUAUAAGUCAGCAGAAGCAUAUCUUUAUCCUGGAUGUUAUGAAGUUGUUACCAGGUCGUCAGAAUUUAUUUCCACAGAAGAAUCAACCAGCAUACAACAUGCCAUGGACAUUACAAAUGGUUCUAAUGAUAAUAGUAACGCAUAUGUCAGAAUUUGGCUUCCUGUAGUAGUAGCAUGCAUUGUCAUUGGCAUUGGCAUCAUUGUCUGUUUGAGACGAGGUAUAUGCAGAACACGUUGCCGCAAAAGAAGAGGAAAGGAACACAGAAAUGACGAAGCCAGCGGAUUGAUGAUGUGUGAACAACCUGAUUACGAAAGAGAAACCGAAGUGAUUUCUACAAUAUCUGCGACAGAUGAGCUGGCUGUUUUUCGUGGUGAAAUCCUGCUGAAGAUGAUGGAAAAGAAUGAAAAAGUUGAGGAAAAAACUGUGCUUUCUGAAGAUAACAUAAAAAAGACAAAGGAGUAUAUAGAAGCAUUUCGAGACUUGUGUUCAUUUUUCGUCGAAACAAAGCUUUCAACAGUAUGUAAAACUGCUCUACGACAUAAUGGUGUAGCCAUUUUAACAGGACCAUCAGGUAGUGGAAAGACCCUCGUAGCGCUGCAUAUCAUAAAAGAUCCCUUCUACGACACCUGGGAUAAGCGAAAGAUAUCAUCAUGGAGAGAAUUUCGCCUCAUCAAUCCUAAGAAAAAUUCAUUUGUCUUAAUUGAUAAUAUUUUUGACGGUCACAUCUAUCGUCAUGGCUUAGAGACAUGGUGGGAUACAUUAAGUUGUUUAUAUAGCAAAUAUAUAAAAAGUCCCAAAUCACAAAACAAUGCCACGGCUGUUGGAAAAGUUCACCUUUUGAUAACAGCAAAAGACAACGCAAUUAGGAAAGCAUCACAAUUUAUGAAUAGAGACACACCUGCUUUAGAGAGUGACAGUAUAAUACCUACCUCGUCAUUUCCUUUAAGCGAUACUGAGAAAAAUAAUAUUUUAGAUGCCCAACUAGAAUAUGCACAUGAAAAGAAAGGGAUAGAGCGUCCUGUAAUAGAUAAAGAAUUCCGACAUCAGAUAAUGAAAACUAUUGGACCUUUUGGUUUUCCAUUAUGUGCUCAUCUGUAUGCGUGCGAACAAAAUUAUGGCAAAAAGGAUCUAAAUGUUUUUAGAUAUCCCGAAAAUUAUCAGAGAAAUCUUAUUAAACACGAAAUCUCCAUGGAUAAAACUUAUAGCGUUAAAUCAUUAUUACUAUUUCUUUUACUGUACGACACAGAUUCUGUAAUUAGGGGAGAAUUGACUAAACCAAAUCUUAAUGAUUCAGAACAGUGUUCUCAAUUUCUAGAAAGCGCUUGUUCCAAAGAAAUGGUUGAUGAACUUCAACCAUUAAAUUUUUCAAAUCUUACAAUUGUCUCGAGUGGGUUAACAGGCACUAUUCUUAUUGAACAUCCAGAUAACUUGUAUGGUUUUAUUCACCAGACAUUCAAAAAUGCAGUUGCAUUUCAUUUCUGCACGGAACACUUUGAUACCGCGGUGAAUCAUUUUCCUCUGGAUGUGUUGGAAAAACAAAGCUUUGAACGUUUUCCAGAAGAUCAGUGUAGAAAGUUAAUGUCUCGAUUUAUGAAAGAAAUCCCCGAGGGAAACAUCUCAAAAGUGUUUGCGUGUCCUGUCUUCAAGCAACAAUGGUUUUCAAAACAAUUCGUUAAUGCAAUGGUAUCCUGUAAUAUCUCGGAGUACCUCAGCUUUCCGGAUUCAGCGUCGACAUUCAAUCUUCCACUAAUCUUCUGGGUCAGCAAAUACUGUCUAACAUCAUUGUCCAGAUAUCUUUUUGAGGAAAUAGAAAAACAGAAAAUAAACGAAGAAUUAAAUUUUCUUCUUGCUCGAUUUGGCGAUUGCUGUGCAGCCGACGAAAGCUUUCUUCGCGAGUCUGCAGCUAUUGCUGCAUCUCCAACAAUAGAAAAUUUGAGGGAGAGAGUGCUUGUGUAUAGAAAUAAGGAAAAGCAUUCUAUAUUGCAUUUAGUUCUCCUUUCUGAACAGCCUGACGUUGUUUGUUAUCGGAUUAUGGAAUGCCUUCUCAAAUAUUCUGCAUUUGACAGUUUCUGUGAUUCAGGAGAAAGCAUUUUGAACGUAACGAUAAAACAGCAAAAUUGCAGUCGAAUAUUGUGUACUUUGGCUACAUUGAACAAAUGCAAAAAAGUGCAAAUUCGGCCACAGAUUGCAGAAUUGGUAAAACUGCUUGAUGGCUGUGAAUAUAAAGUGUCUUUGGAAAUUGAAAUGCUGACUCGACUGUGUAUACUUCUUGUUUACAGUCCUGAUUCAUCUGUAGAAGGUGAAGUGUGUAGAAAUUUUCCGCACGUUCAAACAUUACUUAAUUUACCAAGGCGGAGUGAAAAUAAAAUGUUGGAAAUUAUAAAUGAGACCUGUAGAGACCUUUCUGAAAGGCCUGAUGAAGAGAAGGAGAUCAGGAUUCCAAAUCCUAUGGGCAAAAUGUCACCAAAUUUGUUAGAAAGAAUUAGGAAAAUUGUUCGACACCUUGGCAAAAUGGAUGCAUUUCCUUAAAAAAUCAUACACAAGUCAAAAAUCUAAAUACACAGCCUUGUGCUUUGCAUGAUAUUUAGUUUAUAUUUCUGACGAUUUAUCACUUAACUUCACCUGCUAGCUAUUUUCUGUAUCCAUCGAUAGAUGUGACAUAUGAAAAAAAGAAGUUAAGGAAAUAUGCAUGUUAUGAGAUGCGGACGUCAUAUUAUAUAAAAGUUGAAUGUUUACAUUGAUGGUUGUAAGGAGGUCUUUAAAACAACCAGAAUGGAACGCUAACUGUUGGGAUGUGAUACACACAAAUAUAAUGGCUUUUCGAUGAUAACACUUGAUCCGAUUCUUGACUGAACAUAGAAUGGGUACUAUCUGAACAAGGAAAAGUGGACUUUAUGUUAGAUUAGCUGAACACUGGCUUGCUCAGGUAUAAUGCAAUCUGAUCAAUUAUGUAUAAUUCAAGAAAUUCAAGAACGAAACUUUGUUACUUUGAUUUGUGAUUGUAAAUCUUUGACAAUUUAAUUUAGCAUAGUAAAGACUUUAACACAUUGAUUAUUCAUCAUAGUACUGACGUUGAUGCAUUGGUUUGUUAUAUUAAAACUUUCAUGCUUUGAUUUAUCAAUGUAAAAACUUCUGAUUAAACUCUUUUUUAUAUAAUUGUA